GGCGGCGCCUGGCGGGGUGCAAAGGGGAGCUGUCAGGCUGCCGAGGGAGGGGCUUUCCGCUGCUGCCGGCGCUGGGCCUGCGUUCCCCAAUGGGGGGUGCCUGAGACCCCGGCAUCCGCGCCCCUUCCCUUCCCUUCUCCGGCUGGGCGGCUUGCCCUAGAACCCAGUGGAAAUGACAGAAUACAAACUGGUGGUGGUGGGUGCUGGUGGUGUUGGGAAGAGCGCACUGACCAUACAGCUGAUCCAGAAUCACUUUGUGGAUGAAUAUGACCCCACUAUAGAGGAUUCAUACCGGAAGCAGGUGGUAAUUGAUGGAGAGACAUGUCUCCUGGAUAUCUUGGACACAGCUGGGCAAGAAGAGUACAGUGCUAUGCGUGACCAGUAUAUGAGGACAGGAGAAGGCUUCCUUUGUGUUUUUGCAAUCAACAACACAAAAUCUUUUGAAGAUGUUCACCACUACAGGGAACAAAUCAAUCGUGUGAAAGACUCUGAUGAUGUUCCUAUGGUGCUUGUCGGCAAUAAGUGUGAUCUGCCCUCUCGGACAGUUGAUACUAAACAGGCUCAGGAGCUUGCCAGAAGUUACGGAAUCCCCUUUGUAGAGACCUCUGCCAAAACCAGACAGGGAGUGGAGGAUGCUUUCUACACUCUGGUGCGAGAAAUCCGAAAACACAAGGAGAAGAUCAGCAAUGGGCGCAAGAAGAAAUCUUCCAAAAGGAAGUGUAUUAUCCUCUGAAGAAGAGACACUAUUGCACUGUUGGGAGUGCGAAAAAAAACCCCUUUAAGUUUGGGGAUUUUCCCAAGCUGCUGAAUAAAUUCUGAUGGCCAUGCCCCUCACCCUUUACAGCAGGAAGGCAAAGGUGGUGGAGUUCUCAAAAUGUCAAUUAUUUUACUAUUUCUUAAAUGGCACAUUGCAUCCAACAUGAGGAGGAUUUGUAACUAUAUUUGAUCCUGUUGCUUAUUGCCCCUUCAUUUAAAAAAAAAAGAACGAUUAUCAUGUUUUGGGUCCUUAGAAUUAUAGAGGUAAUUCUUAUAAAGUGGACUGACCCUGAAGGUCAGAUGGAAGUCAUAGCACGAAUACAGUAUCUGUCAGAACCAUAGAGGGAGGGCCUUUCUCAUUUUUGUAGCAAUUUCCCUACUUUGGUUCUCUGCAGGACUGAAAAGCAAGCCACGUAGUCUUGUGCCACCUUCUAGCAGGAACAGAGAAAGGUGGCAGUAAGAAAUGCCAAGAGAGCAAAUGUGGAAAGCCAAAACUCUCUCUGUAGCUGACUGUUUCAUCCCACUGUAUUAAAAUAGAUGGUGCUCUGUUCUUUUUCUUCUAGGUGGUUGAAUUUAAUAUUUAGUUGUUUUUCCUUUUUCUAUUUGGGCUGUUUUACAUUAAGAGCAAAGGCACAUUGCCUUCAAAUGAUAGAACUUGGUGAGCAGAAGGACCAUUUCUGUCUAUCAGAAAUGCCUAAUGUUAAGGCCACAUCAACAUCCUAAGAGAGAAAUAGGUUGAGAUUACUAGUGUAAAGUUUCCCAAUAAUGAAGGCACUGGCAUUUGUUAGAUAUGCAUUAAGCAACUGUUCUUUUGAAGACGGUUGGAUAUCAGUACCAAGACAUUUUAGUAUAAUAUGCCAUAGUUGCAGCCUUUACUAAAUGAGUAUUCAGGUAUUUGGAGUAUAUUGACUGACAGAUUUUGUAAAAGAGAUAUGAUCCAAAGAUCACUUAACACUCUCUCUACUUAGUCUCCUAGCCCUGGUUAUGGGAGGGGGAUUUGCAGGAAAAAAAUACCAGAAGUAUGAAUUAUGAUUGCAAUAAUACUUAAAGGCAUCAGAUUCUGUCCAGUUGUGUAUUUUAUAUUUUCCUUCCUUCCCUCUUGCCCUUCUCCAACACCUUUUAAACCCAUUGUUAACUUCAUUUGAUCUUUUUUCCACGGUCCUGAGGAACUGUACAAUAAAUGCCACCACUUGGAAUAAACCUGUGAAUAAGCUA